CUCACAGCACAUCCCUGGGGGACCCUCAACGCCUCACACUGUGCUCAACUGCCCCUUCCCUUUCUCUAGGGGGAAGAUGAGGCGGUUCCUGAGGUCGGGCCACGACCCUGCCAGGGAGAUACUCAAGAGGGACCUUUUCCAGUUCAACAAGACUGUGGAGCAUGGAUUCCCACAUCAGCCCAGCGCUCUCGGUUAUAGCCCAGCCCUGCGCCUGCUGGCCAUUGGCACCCGCUCGGGGGCUGUUAAGCUCUAUGGCGCCCCAGGAGUGGAGUUCAUGGGGCUGCAUCGAGAAAACAAUGCGGUGGUGCAGAUCCAUUUCCUGCCCAGCCGGUGCCAGCUGGUGACGCUGCUGGAUGACAACAGCCUGCACCUGUGGAGCCUGAAGCUCAGGCAAGGGGUGUCGGAGCUUCAGGAAGAUGAAUGCUUCAUGCUAAAGGGGACCCCCGGGGCCGCCCCCAGUGCCACGCAGAUCACCGUGGUCCUGCCGCACUCAUCGCAAGAGUUGCUGUACCUGGGCACCGAGGGUGGCACCGUGUUUGUGGUGCAGCUGCUGGACUUCCGAACGCUGCAGGAGCAGAGCGUGGGACCAGAGGCCGUGCUGCAGUGGCUGCCCGAGGAGGCUCGUCAGCGGCGGGUGUUUGAGACGGUAGAGGCGCUGCAGGAGCACCCCCGGGACCCCAACCAGAUCCUCAUCGGCUACAACCGGGGCCUCAUCGUCCUCUGGGACUUGCAGGCCCGCCGUGUGCUCUCGCAUUACCUCAGCAGCCAGCAACUGGAGAAUGUAAGCUGGCAGCGGGAUGGCCGCCUGAUUGUCAGCUGCCACUCGGAUGGCAGCUACUGCCAGUGGCUUGUGUCCACAGACGCCCAGUCCCUGGAGCCCGUGCAGAGCUGCAUGCCCUACGGUCCCUUUCCGUGCAAGGCUAUAACAAAGAUCUUCUGGCUGACCUCGAAGCAGGGGUCCCCCUUCACCAUCUUCCAGGGUGGCAUGCCUCGGGCUAGCUAUGGGGACCGCCACUGCAUCUCGGUGGCCCACCAAGGCCAGCAGACGGCCUUCGACUUCACCUCCCGAGUCAUUGACUUUGUGGUCCUGGGCGAGGCUGACUCUGCAGCAGCCUUUGAUGACCCCUCUGCCCUGGUGGUACUGGCAGAGGAGGAACUGGUGGUGAUCGACUUGCAGACGGCUGGUUGGCCUUCGGUGCAGCCGCCCUACCUGGCCUCCCUGCACUGCUCGGCCAUUACUUGUUCCCACCAUGUGUCCAACAUCCCACUGAAGCUGUGGGAACGGAUCAUCGCAGCAGGAGCCCGGCAGAACACACACUUCUCAGGCAUGGCCUGGCCCAUUGAUGGAGGCACCAGCCUGGCCCCAACGCCGCCCCAGAGGGAUCUGCUGCUCACUGGGCACGAGGACGGCACGGUGCGCUUCUGGGACGCCUCCGGGGUCUGCCUGCGACUGCUGUACAAGCUGAGCACCGUGCGGGUGUUCCUCACGGACAGCGAGCCCAGUGACAGCACUCCAGCACCUGGCGAGGAUGAGUGGCCCCCACUACGCAAGGUGGGCUCCUUCGAUCCCUACAGUGAUGACCCCCGCCUGGGCAUCCAGAAGAUCUUCCUCUGCAAAUACAGCGGCUACCUAGCUGUGGCUGGUACAGCGGGGCAGGUGUUGGUGCUGGAACUCAACGACGAGGCGGCGGAGCAGGCAGUGGAGCAGGUGGAGGCCGACCUGCUGAGGGACCAGGAGGGCUACCGCUGGAAGGGCCACGAGCGACUGUGUGCACGCCCUGGGCCCGUGCACUUCGAGCCGGGCUUCCAGCCCUUCGUGCUGCUGCAGUGCCAGCCGCCGGCCGUGGUCACCUCGCUGGCCCUGCACUCUGAGUGGCGGCUCCUGGCCUUUGGCACCAGCCACGGCUUCGGCCUCUUUGACCACCAGCAGCGGCGGCAGGUGUUUGUCAAGUGCACACUGCACCCCAGUGACCAGUUGGCCAUGGAGGGUCCUCUGUCCCGUGUGAAGUCGCUGAAGAAGUCCCUGCGCCAGUCUUUUCGCCGAAUGCGCCGCAGCCGUGUGUCCGGUCGGAAAAGGCGCCCAGCGGGGCCCCUGGGAGAGGUACCCGAGGGGGGCAACCGUGCCGAGCGCACAGGCCUGCAGAACAUGGAGUUGGCGCCGGUGCAGCGCAAGAUCGAGGCCCGCUCUGCCGAGGAUUCCUUCACUGGCUUCGUCCGCACCCUCUACUUCGCCGACACCUACCUGAGGGACAGCUCCCGCCAUUGCCCUUCACUAUGGGCUGGCACCAAUGGGGGCACCAUCUACGCCUUCUCCCUGCGUGUGCCCCCCGCAGAUCGCAGGAUGGACGAUCCCGUGCGGGCAGAGCAGGCUAAGGAAAUUCAGUUAAUGCACCGCGCGCCUGUGGUGGGCAUCGUGGUGCUGGACGGACGCAGCGUGCCCCUGCCUGAGCCCCUGGAAGUGGCCCAUGACCUGUCGAAGAGCCCCGACAUGCAAGGCACCCAUCAGCUACUCGUGGUGUCUGAGGAGCAGUUCAAGGUCUUCACGCUGCCCAAGGUGAGCGCCAAGCUGAAGCUGAAGCUCACGGCCCUGGAGGGCUCCCGGGUGCGGCGCGUGGGCGUGGCCCACUUUGGCAGCUGCCGGACUGAGGAUUAUGGGGAGCACCACCUGGCCGUGCUCACCAACCUGGGCGACGUGCAGGUGGUCUCCCUGCCGCUUCUCCGGCCGCAGGUGCGCUACAGCUGCAUCCGCCGUGAGGAUGUCAGCGGUAUCGCCUCCUGUGUCUUCACCAAAUACGGCCAAGGCUUCUACCUCAUCUCACCCUCGGAGUUUGAGCGCUUUUCCCUCUCCACCAAGUGGCUGGUUGAGCCCCGGUGCGUGGUGGAGCCUGCUAAGCCCAAGAAUCCCCGGCGAACCAGGAACUCGGAGAGCCAGAGGGAAGGGGACAGAGACCCAGACAGUGAUGAGCUGCGGCCAGGCCCCACAAUGGAGCGCGCCCUGCUCAGCGAUGAGAGGGUCCUGAAGGAGAUUCAGAGCACACUGGAGGGAGACCGGGGGAGCCACGGAGACUGGUGUUCUCAGAGAAUUGCCGUAAGCUGAGUGAGCAGACUCUCAGCCGGAAAAUACACUCACACUACUGACAACGAUGACCCUGUGGCACUGUCCCCACAGUGCCCCCCCACGGCCUGGGGCCCCCUGGACGCGCCGUGUGCCGGGGCCUUGCCAGGGGUUUGGGGUCCUCCUGGUUUGUACCCUGCUGCUACAACACCCGGCCUCGGAGAGAGCGAGGAGGGACCCCAGGCCUCGUCCAUCCUCUUCUCAAUGUUGCACACUUUGGAACCCCAUCCCCCUUUUUGUAGUGGAUUGGAUUUUAAAUUAUAAACUGUAAUUGCCUUUGGAUGUAAGCAUUUUUAAAUAAAUACCUUAUUACCUCUC